AUGGUCGACUUGGAGCCGACAGUGGUGGAUGAAGUGCGCACGGGCACUUAUCGCCAGCUCUUCCAUCCUGAGCAGUUGAUCUCCGGCAAAGAAGAUGCAGCGAACAAUUUUGCUCGAGGUCAUUACACCAUCGGCAAGGAGAUCGUUGACCUGGUGUUGGAUCGCAUUCGAAAGCUUGCGGACAAUUGCACUGGUCUGCAGGGCUUCUGCGUCUACAACGCAUGCGGUGGAGGUACUGGAUCCGGCUUGGGCUGCCUGAUGUUGGAGCGCUUGUCAGUUGACUACGGCAAGAAGAGCAAGAUCUCUUUCACGGUUUGGUGCUGCCCGCAAGUGGCCACUGCAGUCGUGGAGCCGUACAACACUGUCCUGUGCGUUCAUUCCUUGCUGGAACAUACUGACGUGACCAUCAUGUACGACAACGAGGCAUUGUACGACAUUUGUCGCCGAAACUUGGACAUCGAGACCGCCUCCCUCCGCUUUGACGGUGCUUUGAACGUUGACAUCACCGAGUUCCAGACCAAUUUGGUCCCAUACCCGCGAAUCCACUUCAUGCUCACCUCAUACGCACCGGUGAUCUCUGCGGAGAAGGCAUACCAUGAACAGUUGUCUGUGGCCGAGAUCACGAUGUCAGUGUUUGAGCCAGCCUCCAUGAUGGUGAAGUGUGAUCCCCGUCAUGGCAAGUACAUGGCCUGCUGCAUGAUGUACCGUGGCGAUGUGGUGCCCAAGGACGUGAACGCCGCCGUGGCCACCAUCAAGACCAAGCGCACCAUUCAGUUCGUGGACUGGUGCCCCACGGGCUUCAAGUGCGGCAUCAACUACCAGCCUCCAACGGUGGUGCCUGGCGGAGACUUGGCCAAGGUCAUGCGCGCUUGCUGCAUGAUCUCGAACUCCACGGCCAUUGCAGAGGUCUUCUCUCGUAUUGACCACAAGUUUGACUUGAUGUAUUCGAAGCGUGCCUUCGUGCACCACUAUGUGGGUGAAGGCAUGGAGGAGGGCGAAUUCUCGGAGGCUCGUGAGGACCUGGCAGCCCUGGAGAAGGACUACGAGGAAGUUGGCAUCGAAACAGCCGAAGGUGAGGGCGAGGAAGAAGGCUAUGGCGAUGAAUUCUAAUUCGUCUCCGUCUCACGGGAAGAACAAC